ACAAUGGCAGAGAGAAUGUCUGUGCCUAAUGAAACCCAAUUCCACCCUUCUUCGUUCCUUCUGCUGGGCAUCCCAGGAAUAGAAGAUGUGCACGUCUGGGUCGGGUUCCCCUUCCUCUUUGUGUACCUUGUUGCCGUCCUGGGCAACGCUGCUGUGCUGUUUGUCAUCUGGACUGAGCACAGCCUCCAUGAGCCCAUGUACUACUUCCUGGCCAUGCUGGACUCCAUCGACCUGGGCUUGUCCACAGCCACCAUCCCCAAAAUGCUGUGCAUCUUCUGGUUCCACCUCAAGGAUAUAUCUUUUGAAAGCUGCCUUUCCCAGAUGUUCUUCAUCCACUUCUUCACUGCCAUGGAGAGCAUCGUGCUGGUCACCAUGGCCUUUGACCGCUACAUUGCCAUUUGUAAACCCCUUCACUACACCGUCAUCCUCAGCAGCAAAACCAUCAGCAUCAUUGCAGGUGCUGGUGUCCUGCGGAGCCUGUGCAUGGUGGCCCCCCUGGUGUUCCUCCUCCUGAGGCUGCCCUUCUGUGGGCACCGUGUCAUCCCUCACACCUACUGUGAGCACAUGGGCAUUGCCCACUUGUCCUGUGCCAGCAUCAAAGUGAACAUAAUAUUUGGUCUUGGGGACAUGUCUAUUUUAUUAUUUGAUGUGCUUCUUAUUAGUCUUUCCUAUGUCAGGAUCCUGUAUGCUGUCUUCUGCCUGCCCUCCUGGGAAGCUCGGUUCAAAGCCCUCAACACCUGUGGCUCACAUAUUGGAGUUAUUUUAGCCUUUUUCACACCAGCAUUUUUCUCUUUCUUGACACAUCGUUUUGGCCAUAGUGUCCCCCAAUAUAUCCACAUCCUCUUAGCCAACCUAUAUGUGGUUGUUCCACCAGCCCUCAAUCCUGUAAUCUAUGGGGUCAGGACCAGGCAGAUUAGGGAGAUUGUUUUGAGGAUUUUCUUUUUGAAAGAUGAUUAA